UGCGCAUUGCAGCUGAGGGCUCAGUUCUCUGGUCCCUCCACGUCCGCCCAUGACCAGUGACCGGAGGUGCCCGCGGUCAAGCUGCCAAAGGCUGCACCGAGGAGGAGGGAGAGGGCGUGGCCUGGGGCAGCCCAGCCGGGGCUGAUUCCUUCUGCAGGUGAACUUUGUCCCUGCAGCCGCCGGCCCGGGCCUAUUUAGGACCCAGACAUCAAACACAGCCUGCAGCCCAGCCUGACAGGUUGGGUGACUCUCUGCAGCUCUACGAGGGGACAGCUAGCCCUGCACCCCGAGUGAAGAGUGAGGAGGACACUCUUGGCCGGACAGUUUGGCUUUUCUAGUCCUGAGCCACGGAAGCUGCGUGCUGUAUGACUAGCGGUGACAUGAAUUACGCACGGUUCCUCACUGCAACCAGCAUGGCCAGAAAGCCUUCUCCUAUCCGAAGCACGGCUGAUAUAAUAAGUAGAGCACCCAAAUCCCUCAUCUCCUUGGCUCCUGGAUAUCCAAACCCAAGCAUGUUCCCCUUCAAAGCUUCUACUAUAACUGUGGAAGACGGAAGUACCAUCCAAUUUGAAGAAGAGAUAAUGAAGAGAGCCCUUCAGUAUUCUCCAAGCUAUGGAAUUCCAGAACUUCUGUCCUGGCUAAAACAGCUGCAAAUAAAAUUGCAUAACCCUCCCACCGUCAACUAUGCACCCAGUCAAGGACAAAUGGAUAUAUGCAUCACAUCUGGCUGCCAAGAUGGUCUUUGUAAGGCAUUUGAAAUGCUCAUCAAUCCUGGAGACAACAUCCUCGUAAAUGAACCUUUGUUUUCAGGAACGCUUUAUGCUAUGCAACCACUAGGCGGCAACAUAAUUAAUGUCCCCAGUGAUGAACAUGGGAUUAUUCCAGAUGGCCUCAAAAAAGUUCUUUCCAGAUGGAAACCAGAAGAUUCCAAGGACCCCAUGAAAAAGACUCCAAAAUUUCUUUAUACUGUCCCAAAUGGCGACAACCCCACAGGCAAUUCACUGACAAGUGAUCGCAAGAAGGAAAUCUAUGAGCUUGCAAGAAAAUAUGAUUUCCUCAUAAUAGAAGAUGAUCCUUACUAUUUUAUUCAGUUCAACAAGCCCUGGGCACCAACCUUUCUCUCCAUGGAUGUUGAUGGGCGUGUCAUCAGAGCUGACACCUUUUCAAAAAUCCUCUCCUCUGGGUUGAGAGUAGGAUUUAUGACUGGUCCCAAAGCCUUGAUACAGAGAAUUGUUUUACACACACAAGUUUCAUCACUUCACCCCUGCACUUUCUCACAGCUCCUGAUAUCACAGCUUCUACACAAAUGGGGAGAAGAUGGCUUCCUGGCUCAUGUUCACAGAGUUAUUGAUUUCUACAGGAACCAGAGGAAUGCAAUAUUGGCAGCUGCAGACAAAUGGUUAAGUGGUUUGGCAGAAUGGCAUGUUCCCAAUGCUGGAAUGUUUCUGUGGAUUAAAGUUAAGGGCAUUCCUAAUACAAAACAACUGAUUGAAGAAAAAGCUAUUGAGAAAGAGGUCUUAUUGAUUCCUGGAAAUGCUUUCUACAUUGAUAGCUCAGCUCCAACCUCUUACUUUAGAGCAUCCUUCUCUGUAGUUUCUCCAGAACAAAUGGAUUUGGCCUUCCAGAGAUUGGCCCAAGUCAUAAAAGAAUCAUUAUGAAGAAAUCAAACUAAGCAUUAUUCUCAGGAUGUUUUGGAUAAAUUAUUUCUAUGACUUUGCUGGAAGAAAUAAUUGUUAAUAUUCGACUAAUAGAAUGGAGUCAUCAAACAUGUCUGUGUGUCUGUAGUAAUUUAACUGAACAACUUUAAGGUGCCUUUAGAUCCACCAUACUGCCAAGAUGUUGUUUUCCCUCUCCUUUGCCUUUUGAUUAAUCUGACUCCUACAAAAGAUUGUUUUUGUCUUCAAUUUUAUUGUAAAGAACUCUGUAGUUGCUUUAUAAUAGCCAAUAAAUUUUUCUUAAAAACUAA